CAUCAUGCGGCGCAGCCCGCAGCAGGACUACGAGGUGAUCCAGCGGGUGGGCAGCGGCACCUACGGCGACGUCUACAAGGCUAGAAAUCUGCAUACAGGAGAGUUGGCUGCUGUAAAAAUGAUCAAGUUAGAGCCAGGUGAUGACUUUUCCUUGAUCCAGCAAGAAAUAUAUAUGGUUAAAGAAUGCAAGCACUGCAAUAUUGUAGCCUACUUUGGGAGCUAUCUCAGCCGUGAAAAGCUGUGGAUAUGUAUGGAAUAUUGUGGAGGUGGAUCACUUCAAGACAUAUAUCACGUAACAGGACCGCUGGCAGAGUUACAAAUUGCAUAUGUCUGCAGAGAAACUUUGCAGGGUCUUUCUUAUUUGCACGUAAAAGGCAAAAUGCAUAGAGAUAUAAAGGGUGCCAAUAUUCUGCUAACAGACCAUGGUGAUGUGAAGUUAGCUGACUUUGGUGUAGCAGCAAAAAUAACAGCCACCAUUGCGAAGAGAAAAUCUUUUAUUGGUACCCCUUAUUGGAUGGCUCCAGAAGUUGCAGCAGUGGAAAAGAAUGGCGGUUACAACCAGCUCUGUGAUAUCUGGGCAGUUGGCAUAACAGCAAUUGAACUGGCAGAGCUUCAGCCACCCAUGUUUGAUCUUCAUCCAAUGAGGGCCUUAUUUUUAAUGUCAAAAAGCAAUUUUCAACCUCCAAAGCUAAAGGAGAAAGCAAAAUGGUCAUCCACAUUCCAUAAUUUUGUGAAAAUAGCACUUACAAAAAAUCCAAAGAAGAGACCAACAGCAGACAGGCUCCUUACUCAUAGUUUUGUAGGCCAGCCUGGUCUUUCAAGAUCUCUAGCAGUCGAGCUGUUGGACAAAGUGAAUAAUCCUGACAACCACGCACACUACAGUGAAGCUGAUGAUGAUGAUUUUGAGCCCCACUCUGUUAUUCGCCAUACGAUUCGCUCUACAAACAGGAAUGUUAGAGCAGAAAGAACGGCGUCGGAGAUAAAUUUUGACAAGCUGCAGUUUGAGCCUCCCUUACGGAAAGAAACAGAAGCUCGGGAUGAAAUGAUUGUGGCAGGAGGUGCAGACUUUGCUUCACAUUGGAGUCCUUUUGUUGAUGGUGGAAGCAGCAGCAAGGGACCGCUUACAAAAUUUGGCGAUGGCAGUGAAGAUAUUGAAGAAUCAACCCUAAAGCGAGCGGGGCCACCUCCACUACCUCCAAAGCCAAGGAUAAACAGUUACCCCGAAGAAAACCUUCCGGACGAUGAGAGAUGUCAGACAAUAAAGCAUUUUCCUGACUCCCAAAACAGAGCCCCCUCAGCUCACAGGAGACAGAGUAUUCCAGUGUGCGGGCCGCAAACUGAGCCUUCCCCCAUCGGUAUCAGCAGCAGCAUCAGCAGCCCGGGAUUACUUACGACUAGAUACAGUGACCUGGGAAAUGGAGGUAGCAUGAUGAAACUCAUAGAAGAAAAUACAGAAGGUUCUGGACAAAUCCCCCAGCUGCCACGGAAAAAAGAUAAGCGAGACUUUCCGAGGCCAGCGAUCAAUGGCCUGCCGCCAACACCAGAGGUGCUGAUGGGAGCAUGUUUUUCAAAAGUAUUUGAUGGCUGCCCUCUGAAGAUUAACUGUGCAACAUCAUGGAUACAUCCAGAUACAAAAGAUCAAUACAUUAUUUUUGGAACCGAGGAAGGUAUUUAUACAUUGAAUCUGAACGAACUUCAUGAAGCAACAAUGGAGCAGUUAUUCCCCCGGAAGUGUACCUGGCUGUAUGUUAUCAAUAAUACCUUAAUGUCAUUGUCAGAAGGAAAAACGUUUCAGCUUUACUCCCAUAACUUAAUAGCUUUGUUCGAACAAGCCAAAAAAACAGGAUUAGCUGCUCAUAUUCAAACACAUAGGUUUCCAGACAAAAUAUUACCAAGGAAGUUUGCCUUAACAACAAAGAUUCCCGAUACAAAAGGAUGCCACAAAUGUUGUAUAGUAAGAAAUCCAUAUACAGGACACAAGUACCUGUGUGGGGCAUUGCAGUCUGGAAUUGUUUUACUUCAGUGGUAUGAGCCAAUGCAGAAGUUCAUGUUAAUAAAGCACUUUGAUUUUCCUUUGCCAAGCCCUUUGAAUGUGUUUGAAAUGCUAGUGAUACCAGAGCAGGAAUACCCUAUGGUCUGUGUAGCUAUCAGCAAGGGUACAGAGCCAAAUCAAGUAGUUCAAUUUGAGACAAUCAACUUGAACUCUGCUUCUUCGUGGUUUACAGAAAUCGGUGCAGGCAAUCAACAGUUGGAUGCCAUUCAUGUCACACAGCUGGAAAGAGACACAGUUCUAGUCUGCUUGGACAAAUUCGUGAAAAUUGUGAAUUUACAAGGGAAGCUGAAGUCAAGCAAGAAGCUGGCCUCUGAGCUAAGUUUUGAUUUCUGCAUUGAAUCUGUGGUGUGCCUUCAGGACAGCGUGUUGGCCUUUUGGAAGCAUGGCAUGCAAGGCAAAAGUUUUAAAUCAGAUGAGGUUACCCAAGAGAUAUCAGAUGAAACCCGAGUUUUCCGCUUGUUGGGAUCAGACAGGGUUGUGGUGUUAGAAAGCAGGCCAACAGAAAAUCCUACCGCACACAGCAAUCUCUACAUCUUGGCUGGACAUGAAAAUAGUUACUAAGCAACAGUAACCCAACGCAAAAAACAAGCGAAUGAAUACAACACAUAAGGAAAAGAGGAACCAUUAAGGAAACUCGAUACAAGCUGGACUAGGACUUGCUAUUCCUUUUUUUUUUUUCUCGAUACCUUAACGAUCUGGUGUGUAGGGUAGAAGUCGAUAUGUUUUUGCAGCUGGAAACGGCUGGUUCCGUCUCUUGCCACUGUGUGGUUGGUUAUAUCAAGUUUGCUUAAUAAAAGCUCUGAGUUAAAUAGUCUUUCACUCCUUAGACAUAAAGAAACACAGCCAUUAAGAAAUAAUGUAUGCGAUAUAGGUGCCAUAAAAUGUUAAAUAUUUUACUUCCUUUGGAUUGUCUUUUCCUGUAGAUACAUAGCGCUGGCUGUUUCCCCUUUUAUACCAAGUCUUAUUCUUAAUAAAGAGGAUUCAUGUAGGAAGUGAGGGUAUCAGCAAAGCUUUUAGUUUUUAAACCUGCCAUUCUGUAUGGCUUUGUAAAAUAGACUAUUUAAUCCUUAUUUAUUAAUCUGCUGCUAGGAUGGUGUAAUGUAUCUAACUUUUAGCGAAGAAAGGUUGCAGAGCAGCUUACAAGUUUGUUUGUUUUUUACAAUUGUAUAAAGAUUUGAUUAUUCUUUCUCCUUGUAGAGAUGUAGUGCGUUGUGAAGGGGGUUAUAUUCCACUGUUGGUUGUUCUUGUAUAAAUGCAGUUUUGUACAACAAAGUAUUUUGUAUUGAUUUUCCCUGCAGCAUUGCCAUAAAAGGGAGUUUCUCAUUUACUGAAAUAAUUACAUGUAGGUUGUAUACAAAAUGUAAUAUUGAUGAUCUCUGAUAUUUUGCUAGUGGGUGGGUGUGCACUGUGUGUGCAUGUGUGCGUGUGUAGUUGACAGGCAGCCGUGUAUUUUAUAGCGGUAAAAUGCACACGUUUUAUUUUCAUACAUUAGAGCGAACUCUGGGGAAAUUUAUAUGAAAGCCUUAAGUGGAUUGUACCUAGUCAUCCUUAAUGAAUGAAAAUGAAAUGCAUCAAGCUGCCCAUGACGCAUUGUAUUUAUACUAUUCCAGAGGGGAGCUGGUAGGACAGCUAUGCUGACAAGGUUCUUGUUUGUAUGGUUGUUUAGGUCACUACUUGCCAAGCUGUUGUUCACUGAUGACUAUUUCCCAACUGCAUGGUGUGUGUGUGUGUGUGUGUGUGUGUGUGU